AUUAAUUAAUUAUGGAUUAUGAGUUACCGUCAUUAUAUGAACCAUUUACUUGGAUCUCAUAUGCUAUUUUGGGAUCAUUAGUAGGAUUAGCUUAAGCAGGUGGAAUAGGUGGAGGUCCUAUUGUAUCUCCUGUGAUGAUGGUUUUGCUUGGAUGUUCAAGUAAGUAGGCUAUUUGGAAUACUUAUAUAAUGUUAUUUGGGGGGAGCAUAGGUAAUUUUGCAAGGUUAGGAAGAGAAAGAGUAAAAAUGAAUAAUAAUUUAUAAUUAGAUUUAAGAUGGAAGUACUCCAUUAAUCAAUUAUUAAUUGGUUUAGAUAACACUUCCAUUACUUUUAGCUGGAGCAAUUUUGGGUGUGGCAACAGGAAAAUGGUUACCUAAAUUAAUGAUAGUGAUAUUUUUAUUUGCCAUUUUAUUAAAUGUGUUUCUCAAAACGAAGAGUGUAUACUAAAAAAUCAGGGAAAAAGAAAGAAAUGAUCUUUUAAUUUAAGUUGAAAUGAAGGAUUUAGUUUUAUCAGAAAAUAAUAGAUAACCUCAAGAUUUGUAACAAUAACAGGAAAAGGAAUAAUAGCUUUAUCCUAUCGAAAAUCUAAAAGAAAUAGCUCUUUCUGUGAUUAUUGUAGUUGCAUUAACAUUAUUAAAGGGAGCGGCAACUAUUCCAUCAAUUUUAGGUAUCGAUUACUGUGGAUAUGGAUUUCAUUGCAUCAAUUUUAUAAUUUUUGCUAUAGGAUUUUAUAAUGUUAAAAGAUACAGACAAUAAAUUAGGAAAGAAGAAGAACUAAAAGAAGCUGUUGGAAAUGACUUUUAAGGAGAUAAGAUAGGUAAUGUGUUUGAAAUCACAGUAAAAUCAAGUAUGAAAGCAGGUUUUUUAGGAGGAUUAGUAGGUUUAGGAGGAGGUGUAGUAUUAACACCUGUUUGGCUUGAAACUGGAAUCAAUCCUCCAAGAGCUGCUGCAUCUGCUACUUUUACUGUGAUGUUCACUUCAUUUAUUUCCGUAUUUAUUAUUGCUUUAUCAGGAGGUUAUCAUAUUUCCUAAUUCUUAAUUUUAGCUGUAAUUUAAUCAUUAAUAUUAUUAGAGUGUUUCUGGAUGUGGAAGUUAUUUGGUUGCUGGAAUAUUAAAAAGAUUAGUUAAAAAAUAUAAAAGAGAAUCCAUCAUUAUUUAAGUCUUGCUUAUUGUUAUUGCUUUUGGAUUAAUUGUUUUACCACUUUAAUCAAUUAAGGAUGUUUAUUACAAUCCUCUUUCCUCAAUUUAAUUUGGUCGUCUAUGUUGA